ACUUCUCUUCAGCAUUUGCCUCCACUUUUCUCCAUCAUUUUCCACUUAUGCACCCUCUACUUUUUUUUUUCUUUGUUGUCUACCCGUAAAUACAUUCAAUUGUUAAGGGUAUUACAGUAAUUGCAGUCAUCAGCGAUACCGCCAACUUCUCUUCUUCGUUUCUUCAAUCGCAGAUUGCUAAGAACUGAAAAACGGUGGAAACCAAAGUGAGUGACAGAGACACGGAGAGAGAGAGAGAGAGAGAGAGAGAGAGGCACGCUCGCACCAACAAAGAAACAGUUGCUGGAUAAGCUAGAGAUAGUGAGUUUUGGUGCUUGUGCGUGUUUCUUUCGAGGAGAAGGGAAUGGCGAUCCCACAGGCGGAGUCACACCGAGCCAGGGCUAGACCACCGGUGGUCCGCAGAGUCCGGUUGCGUCAACUACUACGUGUGACUUCAAUCGCGGGUGGAAUACAAUUCGGAUGGGCUCUACAGCUCUCUCUCUUGACACCUUACGUUCAGGAGCUGGGAAUUCCGCACGCCUGGGCCAGCGUGAUAUGGCUUUGCGGGCCAUUAUCGGGCCUGGUGGUGCAGCCCCUCGUUGGCCACAUGAGUGACCGCUGCACCAGCCGGUUCGGCCGCCGAAGGCCGUUUAUCUUUACUGGUGCAAGUUUAAUUUGUUUUUCCGUUUUAAUCAUCGGCCACUCCGCCGAUAUCGGGUGGUUGUUGGGGGACAGGGGGAACACCAGGCCAAGAGCUAUCGGGGUAUUCGUUUUCGGAUUCUGGAUUCUGGAUGUGGCUAAUAACAUGACUCAGGGUCCGUGUAGAGCUCUUCUUGCUGAUCUUACUGGAAAGGAUCAUCGCAGGACUCGAGUGGCAAAUGCUUAUUUCUCAUUAUUCAUGGCAGUUGGUAAUAUUCUUGGCUUUGCCACUGGAGCUUUCAGUAAAUGGUUCAAGGUUUUCCCAUUUACUGUUACUUCUGCAUGUAAUGUUGACUGUGCCAAUCUCAAGUCUGCGUUCUAUCUUGACAUUGUUUUUAUGGUAAUUACUGCAUAUCUAAGCAUCACAGCAGCUCAAGAAUCACCUCUAUGUUUGUCCGACAGAUCCACACCCAUUGCUGAAGAUGUGUCAGGACAGUCAAGCCAUGCACAAGAGGCUUUCCUGUGGGAGCUAUUUGGGACAUUUAGAUAUUUCCCAUGGCCUGUAUGGACAAUAUUGUUAGUUACUGCUCUAAAUUGGAUUGGUUGGUUUCCAUUUCUUCUCUUUGAUACUGAUUGGAUGGGUCGAGAAAUCUAUGGUGGCAAGCCAAAUGAAGGACAGAAUUAUAAUAUUGGGGUCAGAACAGGUGCUUUUGCUCUGAUGUUGAAUUCAGUUUUUCUUGGUGUAACAUCUUUGUUUAUGGAGAGGCUCUGCAGGAAGUGGGGAGCUGGUUUCAUCUGGGGAAUUUCAAACAUACUCAUGGCUCUUUGCUUUCUUGCAAUGCUUAUAACCUCCUAUGUUGCAAACCACAUUGGCUAUUUAGGUCAUGAUCUACCACCACAUGGCAUUGUAAUUGCAGCAAUAGUGAUUUUUGCAGUUCUUGGUGUUCCACUGGCGAUCACUUAUAGUGUGCCAUAUGCCUUGAUUUCCUCGCGGAUUGAACCUUUGGGACUUGGUCAAGGCUUAUCAAUGGGUGUUUUAAAUUUGGCAAUUGUGAUCCCUCAGGUGAUUCUCUCCCUCGGAAGUGGACCAUGGGAUCAGCUAUUUGGUGGUGGAAACUCACCAGCCUUUGCAAUUGGAGGUCUGGCAGCCUUUGCUGGUGGACUCGUAGCCAUUUUGGGUAUUCCUCGAUCUGGUGCUCAGAAGCCCAUGGCCCUCCCAUGAGUGGAAGACUCGAUAGCAAUUUCAUCCGAUUGGAUGCCAGCAUUAAAUUUGACCUGACUCUGAGGAGGAGGUGCUUUCAUAUGCAAAAUGCAAGCCUGGGUUUCUAGAAAUGUGAAAUUUCAUGGAAGUUUUUGGAGGUUUGGGAACUCAUUAAUAAUCCAGAGAGGCCAACUGCAUAGUCAUCUCUAGUUAAAAAUAGUACAAAGGAUCCAGGUUCAAGGUAUAGGCUUAUGCUUCCAAUACACACUACAUAUUAGGAGAGGUAGAAAACAAACUGUAUGUAAACACUGUUACACAAUGACAACUAUUGUGAGACAAGUAUCAUAGCUGUCAGUGGAUGAUGAGUGAGAAUUUAUUUGAGUGAAGAAUUUCCUCCAAUUAAAAUAAGCCUGCUUGCUGCGAUGGAAAAGUGAAGCCCAGGAUUACUUCCCGAGACUACUUCCUUACCAACAAGAUAAGUGGCUGCUGAUUGGGAUUUAUUCCUCGUGUGAAAAACUUUGAAUGAAAAAAUAAAUAAAUAAAGGAAAUAUCUGAUAGCACGUUGGUGGUCCAGGCAUGAUGCAUUGGAAUCUUGUGCAAUUUUUGUGCCUGAAUUUGCUGUAUGAAUGGGGUGAACUGUGCUUGGUGGCCAUGAGUCAAUAUGUGAGUUGUGCCGAUGCAAACCUUGAUGGAGACAUGUCCUUUAUGCUUUGUUUUUUCAAAGAGCUUGAUUGAUUUUUAUGGAAGGUCUCCUUUAUGAUUUGUAUUUAUAGUAAUAUUAAAUUUGUUUAUUAUUUUAUUGGUUGUCUU